GGCCAUACUCCACAGGAUACGCCUGAUCCCGUUCGAUCUUGGAAGCAAAUCUGUGGCAGGCCUGGUCAGUAACUGUGUGGGGGACCAGCAGCGAACACCAGGUGCAGUAAACAACCCAGCUGAACAGCAGAACAGAUGGACACACAAGCAGGAAUAUCUCAGAAGGUCAUUUAAUGUUAUCCCCGGAUUGUGACGUAAAAGAUUAUGACAGUAGACAGGAUUCCCCAGGAGAUAACCCCAUUACCCCAAUUAUUCAUCCAGCUCUAUCAGCUGAUCCCUCUGAUCCUGGGAAAUGUUCUCCUGAUCUCUCUGAUAUUGGUGCAUCUGUUACAGCUCUGACAGUAGAUACAGUGUUUCCCUGUUCUAUAGAUGCCAAAUGUUUUACACAGAACACAAAGCUUAUCACCCAUCAGGCAGCUAAGGCAGGUGAGAAGCCAUUUCCAUGUUCUGAAUGUGGGAAAUGUUUUACACAGAAAUCAUAUCUUGUUAAACAUCAGAAAAGUCACACAGGUGAGAAGCCAUUUUCUUGCUCUGAGUGCGGGAAAUGUGUUACACGAAAAUCACAACUUGUUGCACAUCUUAAAAGACACACAGGUGAGAGGCCAUUUCCAUGUUCUGAGUGUGGGAAAUCUUUUAUACAGAAAUCACAUCUUGUUAAACAUCAGCGAAGUCACACAGGUGAGAAUACAUUUCCAUGUUCUGAGUGUGGGAAAUGUUUUACACCCAAAUCGUGUCUUAUUAUACAUCAGAGAAGUCACACAGGUGAGAAGCCAUUUCCUUGCUCUGAGUGUGGGAAAUGUUUUACACGGAAAUCAAAUCUUGUUAAACAUCAGCAAAGUCACACAGGUGAGAAUACAUUUCCAUGUUCUGAGUGUGGGAAAUGUUUUACACAUAAAUCAUAUCUUAUUGAACAUCAGAGAAGUCACACAGGUGAGAGGCCAUUCCCAUGUUCUGAGUGUGUAAAAUGUUUUGGACACAAAGCAGAUCUUAUUAAACAUCAAAGAAGUCACACAGGUGAGAAGCCAUUUUCUUGCUCUGAGUGCGGGAAAUGUGUUACACGAAAAUCACAACUUGUUGCACAUCUUAAAAGACACACAGGUGAGAGGCCAUUUUCAUGUUCUGAGUGUGGGAAAUCUUUUAUACAGAAAUCACAUCUUGUUAAACAUCAGCGAAGUCACACAGGUGAGAAUACAUUUCCAUGUUCUGAGUGUGGGAAAUGUUUUACACCCAAAUCGUGUCUUAUUAUACAUCAGAGAAGUCACACAGGUGAGAAGCCAUUUUCUUGCUCUGAGUGUGGGAAAUGUUUUACACGGAAAUCAAAUCUUGUUAAACAUCAGCAAAGUCACACAGGUGAGAAUACAUUUCCAUGUUCUGAGUGUGGGAAAUGUUUUACACAUAAAUCAUAUCUUAUUGAACAUCAGAGAAGUCACACAGGUGAGAGGCCAUUCCCAUGUUCUGAGUGUGUAAAAUGUUUUGGACACAAAGCAGAUCUUAUUAAACAUCAGAGAAGUCACACAGGUGAGAAGCCAUUUUCUUGCUCUGAGUGCGGGAAAUGUGUUACACGAAAAUCACAACUUGUUGCACAUCUUAAAAGACACACAGGUGAGAGGCCAUUUCCAUGUUCAGAGUGUGGGAAAUCUUUUAUACAGAAAUCCCAUCUUGUUAAACAUCAGCGAAGUCACACAGGUGAGAAUACAUUUCCAUGUUCUGAGUGUGGGAAAUGUUUUACACCCAAAUCGUAUCUUGUUAUACAUCAGAGAAGUCACACAGGUGAGAAGCCAUUUCCAUGUUCUGAGUGUGGGAAAUGUUUUACACAGAAAUCGCAUCUUUUUAGACAUCAGAAAAGUCACAGGAGAGAAUCCAUUUUUUUGCUCUGAGUGCGGGAAAUGUUUUACACAUAAAUCAUAUCUUGUUAAACAUCAGCAAAGUCACACAGGUGAGAAUACAUUUCCAUGUUCUGAGUGUGGGAAAUGUUUUGCACAUAAAUCAUAUCUUAUUAAACAUCAGAGAAGUCACACAGGUGAGAAGCAAUUUCUAUGUUCUGAGUGUGGGAAAUGUUUUAAACAGAAAUCACAUCUGGUUAGACAUCAGAAAAGUCACACAUGUGAGAAUCCAUUUUCUUGCUCUGAGUGCGGGAAAUGUUUUACACGGAAAUCAUAUCUUGUUAUACAUCAGCGAACUCACACAGGUGAGAAUCCAUUUCCAUGUUCUGAGUGUGGAAAAUGUUUUGGACACAAAUCAGAUCUUAUUAAACAUUAUAGAAGUCACACAGGUGAGAAGCCAUUUUCUUGCUCUUAGUGGGAAAUGGUGUUUAAGUAAAUCACAUCUUGUUAUACAUCAGAGAAGUCACACAGAUGAGAGGCCAUUUCCAUACUCUGAGAAGUAAAUCAGCUCUUGUUGCACACAAUAGACAUCGCUCAGGUGAGGAACCAUUUUAAUCUUCUGGAGUAUACUUAUCAUUGCCCUGUGUUGUUCUUCAAGGUUCUUAUCCUAUCUCCUAUGCUUUUUGCAAUAUACAUGCUACCGCAGGGUGAAAUAAUCAGAUGUCAUGCCCUCAUCUACUACUGCUAUACAGAUGACCUGUCUUUUGCUCCGGGUACUGAGAACCCAGUACCAAUCCUAAAUGGUUGUCUAGUUGAGCUCCAGGUAUGGGUGAUGCCAGUUGACUGUGACUCAGUCCUGGUGAAACAUGUCAUUAUGAUAGAAGCUCACCAACAAAGGGCAGGGCUACAACUCAGCUUUGCAAACCAAUGCUUGGGGGUUCAGAGUUACAAAAUGCUGAUCCUGUGUGGAAUCUUGGUGUCCUGGAUUGUGGAGUGACACUUAGAUAUCAGGUAUCAGCCACAAUCAGAUCCUCAUCCGAAGAACAUAGCCAGACUCCAGCACUUAUUUCCCUCAGAAGAUCUACCUACAGUCAUACAUGUACUUGUAUCAUCACGCAUAGACUACUGCAAUGUCCUCUACCUGGGUCUCCCAGCAAAAGAAUUGCACCGCUUGUAGCCUGUACAGAAUGUAGCAGCCAGGCUGUUACCUAACCAGCCCGUUCCUGCCACAUAACACCCAUUCUCUGCUCCCUUCCCCGGCUGCCUGUAAGAUGGUGACUCUAUUACAUAAUCUUACUGACUCAGCCCACCAUGACCAGGGUCCAUGGUACCAGAAGCAGCUUCUGCCUCUUUACUGCCCUGCUUUCUAACUUCCACCUGCAGAUGUAGGACUUAACGGUACUACCAAGAAUCCCCAAGCAGUGCUGAGAUGUCAGGGGGGAGACAGGGUGGGUGGCAGUAGUGGGGAGGGGAGACAGGGCGUGCGACAGUUCGCAGCCACCAGGAGAAUAAAAUUCUGG